GGUUCAAGUGCCUGUAGAUGUCAUCAGCGGUCCCUCCCCACUCGUCCAUAUCUGUCAGUUCAUUCGACCCGGCACCAUUCCGCUCCCCCGCUCCGCCCUGUAAAGCCGGUCGGUCGAGCCGCGCCGAGGUCAAGGUCAAAGGUGGUCGAGGGAGGAUGCCCAGCGGUGGCGCGAACGCAGGGGUCAACCGCAGGCGACCACGGAAAGGCUCCGACGGCAGAUCGAGGCGAGGAGGUGACACGGCGAUGGAGGCUAAAAACCAGCUCGGUGACGCCGCCAGUGCCGGUGCGAAGGAGAAGGCGGCCAGGAUGGGUGGCGCGCCGGCCAGCCCGCCCGCCGAGGCGCCCCUCUGGCUGCGCACCUCAUCAGCGGCCAGCUAUGCCUUCUCGUCGUUUGCCAUCAUGGCGGUGAAUAAGGAGGUGCUCACAGUGAAAAAGUUUCCGUCGUUUUUAGUGCUGGGCGUUUGUCAGAUGCUGGUGACCAUUAUCACCCUAGGUAUACUGCGGUUCGUAGGCUACGUACAGUUUCCAGCCCUCGACAGGAGUAUACCACGCAAGAUAUGGCCGCUACCUGUAGUCUAUCUAGGAAAUCAAGUCACGGGUCUAGGAGGUACAAAAAUGCUCAGUUUACCUAUGCUGACGGCGCUACGAAGGUUCUCCAUUCUGAUGACCAUGGGACUGGAAUUUUACCUGCUUGGAGUUCGUCCGGAGCUGGCCGUUCAGCUGAGCGUGUACGGCAUGGUGCUCGGCGCCAUCGUGGCUGCCUGCGCCGACCCGUCGUUUGACCUGAUGGGCUACACGAUGGUGUUCACCAACGAUCUGUUCACGGCCGCCAACGGCGUCUACUCCAAACAGAAGCUGGAGGCGCGCGACCUGGGCAAGAACGGCCUGGCCUUCUACAACGCGCUCUUCAUGAUCGCACCGCUGUCGCUCGUCGCCUGGUGGCUCGGUCACUGGAAUCUGGUGUACGAGUUCGCCGGCUGGUCGGACGGCCGCUUCCAGUUCCACUUUCUCACAUCGUGCGCCAUGGGCACCGUGCUGAUGUACACGACCAUGCUGUGCACCCAGCACAACUCGGCGCUGGUCACCACAGUGAUUGGCUGCAUCAAGAACAUCGCCAUCACCUACUACGGCAUGUGGUUCAACAGCGACUUCCAGGGCGGUCCGCUGGUCGUCGUCGGCCUGCACAUCAGCAUAUUCGCGAGCUGCUGGUUCGCCUACCUCAAGUUCAAAUCGAAGCCGUCCGCCACUCUGCCCGUGGCCGUUCAUCAGAAUGGCAACCGCGUGGUCACUGCGUAGUGGUCAGCCCACAGCCUCUGCCGCCUCGAGCGGCGUGCCGUUCCCUACAGGAGCGCCGUCUGCCGCCGGGUUGAAACUGCCGCAGGGUCGCUGAGAAGGUCACAAAGGAUGGUGUCUGGCCGGGGUGGAACGGGCGCGGCGGUGAAUGCGCUACGGCCUCGGUGCUGAGAGGCUAGCUUGUCGAGGCUAUGUCAUCGAGACUAGCUCGUCGAGGCUAGCUCACAGAGUCUGGCUUGCCGAGGCUAGCCCGCUGAGGCUAUCUCGCCAGUGUGUAAACUCUCUCGGCGGCGGCUAGCCAGGCUAUGUGACCAGUUGGUUGUGCGUUUGUCAGGUCGGUGCAGACUACAGAGCCGGAUACGAGAGUGGGCAGCGCGGCGCAAUACGGUGCCCUGCUCCACCGAUUCGGCUUGUUUGACCUGCCGAAGUGCUGGCUGAGACUGCUGGGCAUUUCAUGGUGUACUGACCUGUCAGUGGCGGGCACAAGGAUCGCAGGGCUCGGCUGGCGGCGUGGUCAGAUCGGAGCAGCGGGCCGUCGCCGUGCCCCAGCUGCAACCGAGCAGCGCGUUUUACGUCCGGUGUGUCUUGCGUCUGUGAUCCGAGUAGAUGUGUGCUGUGUGCUAUUGUCACCUUUGGCCAGUGUGAUCGUGGGCAUUGAUUCUUAAUUUUCAUCAUCUCUGAUGGCUCAUCCUUCCCGAUUUCGUGCACUCUUACUUCCUUCUUGAUCUAGUCUCUUCUCGAUCGCGGUUUUAUCUCGUCUCCACAUUUUCGCGUCACAAAUAUUUCGAAGGCAGCACGCGCAAUAAUUGCGCCGGAAACAGCAUCACCUGUCCAUUGUGCGUCUGUUAUAUGAUAUGACGGACGCCCCGCAGGCGACUUUCGUGCCAUCUAGCGACAGGGUGGUGCAUUUCAAUUGGCUCUCGUGUGCAGGCGGCGUAUUGGCCGAUCGCAUUACUGGUAUGGAUGUGCCUGCUCAUUGACGUCCGUUAUGGCUUUAUCUGUGAAUAUUUUAUUUGUUCAAAUACAUGUACAUAUGUA